CUUCCUCAUAUACCAGUGAAAACUAGGUGGAAUACUAAUUAUGUAAUGCUGCGGGAUUUUCUGGAGCAAAAAGAAUUUUUCAUCAACCUUGGUUCCCAGUACAAAGAAUCAGAUCUCACUCAAUACUGGCAUUUCAUUGAAAAUUAUGUAGAAGCGUUCGAACCAAUUUACGAAGCGACAAUUAUCAUCCAGAAAAAAGAUUGUUCCCUCAGCGAAUUUUAUUAUCACUGGCAGAAGGCGAUUUGCCUUGUUAGCAUGUUAGACGAUGUCAACGUUUUCAAGCAAUCCCUCAUGACAUCGUUUGAGAAACGUGACAAGAUUCUGCUGGAAAGCCAUGCUUUACGAGCUGCAUUAUAUCUAGAUCCAAGAUUUAAUUACGCUGGAUCGAAAAAUUUUACACCCGCUGAGAAAGAACAAAUUGUGGUAGGAAAAUGACCCCAUGGGGAGCACCUCCCCUUCUCUUCC